AUGUCUCUGCGGUGUGCCAGAGACGUCGCCAGACGGUUCGCCGUCCCUCGAUCAUACACCAGGCCGGCACAGUUCGUCAGGUGGCAGAGCUCCUCCAGCAACCACAAUGAGCUUGCAGACCACUUGCAGACCACAGAUCCGGAGAUCUAUAAGAUAAUACAGAAUGAGAAACGCCGUCAGAAGCACUUUAUCAACCUCAUUCCGUCAGAGAACUUCACCAGCCAGGCCGUUCUCGAUGCCCUAGGCAGUGUGAUGCAGAACAAAUACUCGGAGGGAUACCCGGGAGCACGAUACUACGGAGGUAACGAGUUCAUCGACCAGGCUGAGCGUCUCUGCCAGGAACGAGCACUGCAGACCUUCUCGCUGAACCCGGAGGAUUGGGGCGUCAACGUCCAGGCUCUGUCCGGCUCUCCGGCCAAUCUCUGUGCCUAUUCGGCCGUCCUCAACGUCCAUGACCGUCUCAUGGGCCUCGACCUCCCCCAUGGCGGCCACCUCUCCCAUGGAUACCAGACUCCCACCAAGAAGAUCUCCGCCAUCUCCAAAUACUUCGAGACGGUCCCCUACCGUCUCGACGAGUCCACCGGGCUCAUCGACUACGACAAGCUCGCCGAGCUGGCACUGAUCUACCGCCCCAAGCUCAUCAUCGCGGGUACUUCUGCCUACAGCAGACUGAUUGACUACCCUCGCAUGCGCCAGAUCGCAGACAGCGUCAAUGCCUACCUCCUCGCCGACAUGGCCCACAUCUCCGGCCUGGUGGCAGCCUCCGUCCUGCCCUCCCCCUUCGCCCACGCCGACAUCGUCACCACCACCACCCACAAAUCUCUCCGUGGACCCCGUGGCGCCAUGAUAUUCUUCCGCAAGGGCCUCCGCCGCACUGACGCCAAAGGUAACAAGGAGUUCUACGACCUUGAAAACCCCAUCAACGCCUCUGUCUUCCCCGGCCACCAGGGGGGCCCUCACAACCACACCAUCACCGCUCUCGCCGUGGCCCUCAAGCAGGCUCAGACCCCUGCCUUCAAGCAGUACCAGACAAACGUCCUCCGCAAUGCACAGGCCCUUGCCGCCCGUCUCGGAAACCCUACCUCUUCCGGUGGCCUGGGCUACAACAUCGUCUCCGGCGGCACAGACAACCACCUCGUCCUCGUCGACCUGAAGAACCGCGGUGUCGACGGUGCCCGCGUCGAACGAGUCCUCGAACUCUGCGGCGUGGCAAGCAACAAGAACACCGUGCCAGGAGACAAGUCCGCCCUCAAGCCCGGCGGUCUCCGCAUGGGCACGCCGGCCAUGACAUCCCGCGGCUUUGCAGAGGAAGACUUUGCUCGCGUAGCCGACAUCGUCGACCGUGCCGUCACCAUCACCCAGAAACUCGACAAGGCCGCGCGCGCCCACGCCGAAAGCAACAAGCGCAAGAACCCCGGCAGCCUCAAGGCCUUCCACGACUUUUUGGGCGAGGGCGAGGAGGUUUCGGAGAUCGUACAGCUCAGACAGGAAGUCGAGGACUGGGUGGGUACCUUCAGCCUUCCAUGGACCGAUAGCGAAUACAAAUAA